AUGUCCUCACCAUCCUCAGCCGAUCUUCCAACAUCUCCAAUCGCGCCACUAGCCCCAUUCCCCCCUCUACCACCCGCCGAGUAUCGUUCCCGCGCGCCCGAGUUUUACGGCUUCGUCGCCUGGACGUCCACCUCUAUUAUAUUCGUGGUCUACCUUCUCUGGGCCCUUCUUCCUGACGAGGUGAUUUUGUGGCUGGGUGUGGACUGGUACCCCAAUCGGGAAUGGGCACUACUAGUACCUUCAUGGCUGUGUAUUGUUGCUCUUUUGACAUACUUCACGUAUUUCGCCAUGGCCCUUCGCGGUACCCCGUCAUUCAACGACCUUCGUACAAUCACCGGUCAACAAGAUAUUUCCGGAAGGGAACGAGGACCUCAAGCAUAUGCGAAAUUUGCGUCCCCUGGUGUCAUUCCUGAGGCAUAUGAUAUACCUAUUGGUAUAUUGAACGAUGUACUGUACGGACAUCGUGGAGCAUCUCGCCAGCGACCGGCAAGAUCUGCUUCGAAUAAUAAAGAGCGCUCUGGGCCGGCAUGA